AUGCCCCAGUUCGAAUUCACUAAAAGUGAAAUCGAAAGGCACGGCUGGGACCAGUGUGAUGCUAUCGCACCCAAUGAGCAAUCCGAACCCGACCCCAAGAGACAAUGCAUAGAGCAUUCAUGGAGAACCCAUGAAUCCGUUCUAGAUCCAUACUCAUUGUUUUUAAAUCUUGAUCCGAUUACCAAUACUCAGGACCCUGAAGUAUCCCUCAGCUCCGAGUAUAUCUGGCCUGGCUUCGAAGAUGAGGUGCCCACCAGCAACUUUGACCUCAUGGAUUUCUCCAACCUCAAAAAUGAAGUUUUUUCCGAUCUUACCCAAGAAUCCUCCGGGUUUUAUCUUCAAGCUCCAGAGCUGUCAGAUGCAACCCAAUCCCUUCCUACACCGAAUUCCGACUCCGAUUUUCCUGAUUUGCAACCGAAAAUGUUUGCCGCCCCCAGUACGCUUCCAGAAGACGUAAUUUUCCCGCCGCAAACUUUUCCAUCAAAGCUUUAUGAUACGUGUUUCGGGAUGAUCAUCACGAACGCGUCUUGCCAUAGUUUGCCCAACGAUACUCAAGAUUUCAUUCCAGUGAGCAUACAAGUAUUUGGUGACGUUUUGAAAAUGGGUGACGACAAGACCAAUCGAAAGUUUGGUUUGCUACAUUCACCAGCACUAGCGAAACUUGCACGCGAGUUUACUGUCACAUUCUCUGCUAAGUGUGAGACGACCAAAGAACAAAAAGGCAAGAGACAAUCGCUAGGUUAUAAAGACACGCCGGUACAUAUCGUGUUAUACGGAUUUUGUGAGGAUAUGAGUGCAGUUGAAGAGACUCUCUCCGAGGGUGGUCUAUUUCUCCAGCAUCCAACUGAAGGUGACGCAUCUGUGCCUUACAGAAAUCCUCAGUUUUUGAUGCCCCCGGGCACUGAAAUGCCGCAAAUUGAAGAUCUAGCCAAUGGCUCUGUUUCAGCCGUCACAAAAGUGGAUCAAUCCUUCGAUGAAAAAUGGGCCAGUGAAGUAUUCCAAGCUUUUGAAGGUGUGGAUGGUCCAGCUGAAUUUGCCCCUGUUGAACCAAGCCCGCGGUUGAAAACAAUGCUCAAGGAGCAUCAGAUGAAGGCGCUCUCUAUGAUGACCGAAAAAGAACGUGGUGUCAUUGAAGAGGCAGAUUUCCCAUCUUUAUGGGAAGUUCUGCGGGACUUUGACGGUAACGUUAAGUAUCGACAUGCUGUCACUGGAAUGACACAGAACACUCGCCCACAGCCCCCUAAUGGAGGCAUACUAGCUGAUGAAAUGGGGUUAGGCAAAACACUGAGUGUACUGGCACUCAUUUCGUGGUACCUGGAUGGUUUGCCUUUGGAGAGAACGGAACCGAGCACGACACUUAUCAUCACGACCCUCUCUACAAUCUCCGGGUGGCAACAACAAAUUUCACGACACUUUUGGUCGGGGCAGAUCCGCACAGUGGUCUUCCAUGGCCCACAUCGAGACAAGCUGACAUCGGGACUAUUCGAUCAUGAUGUCGUCAUAACAACAUACGAUACUUUACGUAGUGAAUGGUCAAGUGGGCCACAAAAUAGUGUACUCUUUUCCAACCCAGAGGGAUGGGCUCGGGUGGUUCUUGAUGAAGCACAUCACAUCCGCUCUCAUUCGUCGCAAAUCUUCCAGGCUACAUGUCAAAUUCACGCUCGGUAUCGAUGGUGUCUUACAGGGACCCCGAUUCAGAACCGGUUGGAUGCCUAUGCAGCACUUAUUUCCUUUGUUGGAGUAGAUCCAUUCACCGGUCCACAUGGAAAGGCCAUGUUCACACAAUGGUUGGGUAACCCCAUACAUACCUAUGGGCAGAAUGAGCUGGGAAUUCAGCGCCUGAGAAGGCUCGUUUCUGCGACCUGUCUCAGACGAACGAAAAGCCACGUGCAAGAUCAACUGCGACUACCAUUACGAGUUGAAACGGAACAACUUGUUGAGUUGAAUCCGGGAGAGCGAGGUAUCUACGAUUUCCUUAAAGCCCGAGCUUCUUCUCUCGUCGUGGGUAAACUUACGCAGCGCUCCCAAAUGGAUAAGACGCGAUGGGGCACAAUGCUCUCUCUGAUCGGCUUUUUGAGACUUGUUUGCAACCACGGAGAGCAUCUGUUGCCCGAGGGAGCAACGAAUCUAUACCAUAGCCAGAGCUUACAAGCUAAGGACUUUCAAUUUGACGCAACUAACUUUGAGCUGGAAGGAUUAAACGAAGACCUAACCAGUCUCAGGCCCGGCCCGCCAUUGACACCAAUAGAGCGAGAUGUUGAGGCAAUCAAACAUGAUUAUCGUCCCUCUUCGAAAGUGACUGCCCUAUUAAGGAACCUUCAGAACGAGCAACGUGAUAAUAAUUUACUCUCUGAUAAACGACCGGUUAAGAGCAUCAUAUUUAGUUUCUGGACGAAAAUGCUCGACCUUCUUGAAGUUGCACUGCAAGCAAACAAUUUUGUCUUCCAGCGUAUCGAUGGCAAAACACCGCACGAAAAGAGGUCACUGGCUUUGAAGAUGUUUAGUGAGGACUCGAGGUGCACAGUAAUGCUUGCCAGUGUUGGAAGUGUUGCAGAAGGAGUCGAUCUUACAGCAGCCAGUUGUGUGCACAUGAUUGAACCACAGUGGAAUCCCAUGGUUGAGGCACAGGCUCUCGAUCGAGUCCACCGUAUCGGUCAAGAUCGUGAUGUGACAAUAACUCGCUACAUUGUGAAAGACUCCAUAGAACUGUAUGUUCAAGCGGUCCAGCAAACUAAGUUGAAGCUAGUUCGGCAAUCGUUCAGCGAUGAGACUCCGGAUCAAUCGGUUUUGAGUGAGAAGCGAUUCCAGGUGAGUGAUGUGGUGAAACUCCUUUGUGUCCGACGGUGCCACUGA